GUUUGGCAGGAAGGGGAGGCCACUCUCCUGGCAGGAAGCUGAGAUACGGAGAGGGAGGAGACUGCUGCAGCGGCAGCGGCUGGUGGGAUCCCGAAGUGGCACAGGGGCCUCUGCUGCCGACUGGGACGCAGCGGGCCCCUGAGCUCCGCGCCGGAGACGCAGCCGCCAUCCUCUUCGCCUGCCUGCCACGCACUUCGUCUACGGAUCCUCCUCCACCAGCUUUGGCGAGCUCCCUUCUUGGCGCCUGCUGAUCAUCUCUCCCCUUCAGGCACACAGCGAAGCUGGAACGAACCGGGGAGGAAGGUUACUGCAGGCACACGCCAGGAUACCUUGAUUUCCAGCUUCCAGGAGAAACUUAGGCGUGGGUGCACGGAGUGCACUAAUUAGGAGACAAAGCUCACCGUGUCAUCCUCGGAAUUGAUUUUGUCUCCAUUCCAUUUCUUGGCCUGCCUUGCCGCGGUGCUCCUCUCAGGCAUGAAGCCGCCGUUCGCCAAGGCGGCUGCAGAGCAGCGGUCCAGAACAGGCUCAAGGCAUGCCGGUGUGCCCGUUUCCGUGAUGAAGAGAAAGGCUGCACACAAGAGACACAGGAGCAGACCCCCCUCGCAGCCUCGGAGGAACAUCGUGGGCUGCAGAAUUCGGCACGGAUGGAAAGACGGAGACGAGCCUCUAGUACAGUGGAAGGGAACCGUUCUGGAUCAGGUACCUGUAAAUCCCUCUCUGUAUCUUAUCAAAUAUGAUGGCUUUGACUGUGUUUAUGGAUUGGAACUGCAUAACGAUGAAAGGGUGUCAUCCCUUGAAGUCUUUCCUAAUAGAAUUGCAUCAUCUACAAUCAGUGAUUCACACUUAACAGAAAUUCUGAUCGGCAAAGCAGUGGAACAUAUUUUUGAGACAGAGGAAGGUUCCAAAAAUGAAUGGAGGGGGAUGGUCUUGGCUCAGGCACCUGUCAUGAAAACAUGGUUUUACAUUACCUAUGAGAAGGAUCCUGUUUUAUAUAUGUACCAGCUCUUAGAUGAUUAUAAAGACGGUGACCUCCGCAUCCUUCCCGAUGCCAAUGAUUCUUCUCCUGCAGAGAGGGAGCCAGGAGAAGUCAUAGACAGCCUAGUAGGUAAACAGGUGGAAUAUGCCAAAGAUGAUGGCUCCAAGAGAACUGGCAUGGUCAUUCAUCAGGUAGAAGCCAAACCCUCUGUGUACUUCAUCAAAUUUGACGACGAUUUCCAUAUCUAUGUCUACGAUUUGGUAAAAACAACUUAGAAGUCAUUUUGAAAUUUGCCAAAUAUGUGAGACUAUUUGUUAAAUCUGUGCACACACACAGUCUUGAUUGCUUUCCAAUUUGUAAGAACCAUCUUCUCGCUUUCUGCAUGCUUUUUGCCUGGCCAAAGAAAAAGGAACUGAAACGCAGACAUUUUUGGAAGAAACCUUUUGCCCUUCUCUCCACCCUUUUUUACAGGUUCCUCCCCACAGGAGAAUGAUUUCUCUAAUUAGUGAGAAGGGUAAAGUCUGACAUCCAUUGGCCCAUACUUCUGUCUUUGCUGGUGUUAAUAGUUUAAAUGUAGGUGAACACCUGUUGCCUCAUUCUUUUGGGCGCUCGGACUCUCUCUACUCAUUGAACUAUGAAGCUUCUGGAGAUAUUAGGUAUGACUGGCUGGGUAAGUUUCUUUGCAACUUUAACUCUUCCCUCUAGGUAGCUUCCAAGUGUAAUGUGAGGAAGAGUGGGAAGCCAUUUUGGUCUCCUGUCCAAGUUGCAUUUUCAAUUCUAUCUGUACUGAGAGUAAGACUAACGUAUUGCUCCCUUUCUGGUUCUUACAUCUAUUGCUCAACUUGUUGCAAAAUCAAGAGGGUAAUUACUUUUCACUUUAGUAUAUAAGUAUAGGCCGAGAAACCUUAUGAAAUUAAUAAGAGGCCAAGCAUUUGGGAACCGAACUCCCAAGUGGAGAAAUCAAGGUUUUUCAUCAAUGGUAUUAGAGCCUCUGUUGUCUGCAAUAACUCUGGGUAGGACCUGUAGACAUGGAGUGGGUUUUAACAAACACAGGCCCUGCAGGCAGACUUUAGCACAAGUAGGCUUUGCCAACCCAAUGGGACAUUAAGCCAGGAUUUAGCUAGCGUUCUCAGUCACACGGUAAAGCCUGAGUUUAUCAAGUGUUGUCAGGUUGGUCCAGGACCUCAAAAUUAAAAGAGCAAAACCUGGAGUCAGGCUGAGAUACAGAUUUCUUUCCUAUACCGAGAGAUACUCUGAGAACUUUUAGAUUAAGUUUUCGAUUUGAUUCUUAGGGAACAUUUGAGUCCCAGCAUAUGAGGUGGGCAAGACACUUGCUAGAACUAAGAAAGACUUCCUCAUAUGAUCUGGUGGGCUCAUCUUUUAUGUUGUCCCAGGAGAACUAUGGAACACAUAGAUUAGAAUCAGUGUCAGAUGAUCAAUAGGCUUAAUGAUGUUUUAAGAGCGUAAUGCUGGCAUUGGUAGAUAGAAAUCCAAUGGGUACUUAUUAGUGUUUUGUUUUUCAACUUUCUCCUCUUUGUUGGCUGGUCCUAAGAUACUCAUCUGCAGAAAAGGGUGAGCCCUACUGCGGCAGAAAAGUAAGUAAUGGAAUGGGUACUGUACCUUCCAUUAUUGAAGGCACUGGUAAAGG